CCACGGUGUGUCCCCUGCAGCCCGUUUCACCAGCCGUCCUGGAUUCCAGGAGGCCGGCAUCUUCAGUGUGGGCACCUGGCUGCGAUAGCUUGCGGCUUCACAGCUGGGUACCCACUGCGCAUGCGUGAAUAGUGCUGCACUUCAUUAAUGGUCCUGUAGUCUUCUGGGACCUGUCUCAUGUCCCAAAAGACUACAGGGAGGGAGGAAGGGAGAACACCUUCCGCUUUCGAUCAUCUAGGCCAGUGGAUUGGCACCUUUGGGGAGCGGGUACCUGAAUUUGACAGGUACCCACUCCCA